AUGUGAGCCCAGCUCUGUAAACAGCUGGUGACUCACCGCCCAGCUAUGCCCUGGCGUGCUGAGAGCGAGCUGGAAUGAUAGCCGCUCGUCCUGGAGAAGUUUCUCAUGGCCUCCCAGCCGCCUGGCCCACCAGCCCUCCUAGUGGCUUCUCCAGCCCAGCGUUGACCCCUGCACCGGAGGGAGGGGCGGCCCGUGGGGCACUCUUGGGUCCCCCCAGAUGCCAGAGGUCAAGCCACAGUCAGGAAGCAGCUCUUACUUCCCUACUAGGAUUGCCCCAGGAGCGGCUGCAUGUCUGUCUCGAGCACACAUGUAGCUGCGAGGAGAACAGAGGGGCACGGCUCCCCCCGGAGGCCACACUGGCCUUGCUGCCGUCCUGCUCUCCCGCACCAGCGCCCGGGAGAGUGGCUGUGCUGCCGGGGCCGACCAGGGGUCCAGAGGCCUGGGUGCUGAGACCCUCUGGUGGUGAAGGGUGGCGGGCCGCGGAGGCAGGGUGGGUGGGUGGAGGGCCCAGGCAGUGCUACAGCGAGGGUCUCAGGGCUGCGGGAGAAGGCCGUCCCCAGGUCUCCCUCACCUUGAGAUGGAGGCUUUGCUGUGGCUCCAUCUCUGGCCCCAAGGCCCUCCUUGGUGUUUCUCUGCCGUUCUCUCUGCUCAGUUCACCUCAUCCGGUUCGGAACGCGGGGGGCAGACCCCGACCCUGUAAGCUGGAGACAUGGCGCACCAGCGAGUCGGGCCGGUCCUCCCCAUGCCUCGCCCAGCCGUAGGCAUGAGGGGCCUGCUUGCUGCCCCACAGCCUGCGCUGUCUGCUCGGCCUGCCCCAAGCCAUUGUUGCUGUGGGCUUCUCUGUUUCCAUGACGACCAUGGGGGGUUGGCUACUUCCCAAGGUCGCCAUGGCAACUAUCAGAGGGGAAUCAUGCUUGGGAUGCUUUGGCUGGCUUUUUCAUGAAUGAUUAGAAUGUGUGACACAAUGCAGACGCGAAAAACGAGAAGGGUGGGGCGGGCGGCCGGGGCUGGCGGGCGGCAGAGACGGCUCCCGCCAGACGGUCAGUGAGCUCUGGAGGUCCCUGGUCGCAGGCUGGCUGGCGUAGGGAGCCCCCGCCCACGCUCUGGGCCUCAGGUCAUGGCUGUGGGGCAGCCUAGGUGAAGGUGGUGAUGUCACAGCUGCAGUGCCCUUGGCGGAGUUACCAUUUCCAAGCGGUUCUGUCCGGGUGACUGUACCCAGGUUAUGACGACUAAUCCCAAAGCGAACAAGGCGUUGAAGGUCAAGAAGGAGGUGGGCGAGAACGCCCCGGUGCUCGGCGACGAUGAGCUGGUGUCCAUGUCGGUGCGGGAGCUGAACCAGCAUCUGCGCGGCCUCACCAAGGAGGAGGUGGUCCGCCUGAAGCAGCGGCGCCGCACGCUCAAGAACCGCGGCUACGCGGCCAGCUGCCGCAUCAAGCGCGUGACCCAGAAGGAGGAGCUGGAGCGCCAGCGGCUGGAGCUGCAGCGGGAGGUGGAGAAGCUGGCCCGCGAGAACAGCAGCAUGAGGCUCGAGCUGGACGCCCUGCGCUCCAAGUACGAGGCCCUGCAGACCUUCGCCCGCACCGUGGCCCGCGGCCCCGUCACGCCCACCAGGGUGGCCACCACCAGCGUCAUCACCAUCGUCAAGUCCGCCGAGCUCGCCUCCGCCUCCGUGCCCUUCUCGGCCGCCUCCUAGUGCGCGGCGGGGGGCGCGGGGUGCUGGUCGAGGGCCCCACGGGGAGCGGACCCCUUAACGCCGGAGUCAGAUCGCGGACCUGUGCCGGGCUCGGGCCGGGGCUGGAAAAGAGUAGGUUCCCGGGGGCCUGAGUGCCACCCGCUCCGCACACGCACGCGCCCACGCGGCCCGCCUUCCCCCGGGCCCUGCCGCCUCGCUCAGGGCCGUUUCCGGGGCUCUGUCUUGCGCUGGGGGAGUUGGGAUGUGUGGAGGGAAGGUCCUUGGGAGGUUCGCGGCCCAGACGUCUUCCGCCCCUCCCACGAGCAGCGCGUCCGUCCCCCGCUCGGCCCCCCGGCUGGUGCAGGACCCCCUCACCGCCCUGGGUGCCCCAGGAGGAACCGUGCCCCAAGGGGUCCGAACACCCGGGAUCCUGUGCCCCGUGAGUGGGUGGAGGAAGGGCUGCAUGUGCAUGAGAGCGCGUGCGAGCCUGUACACACGAGUGCGUGCAAGCGCAUGUGCGCGUGUACCCGUCCUCCCGUCAGUGUGCCGGUAGCGCCGGGGACCUCGGGGGCAGCUCGUUAAUGGGGCUCGGGUGACCUUGGGCUUUCCCCUCUGCUGGGUGACCUAGGGCAGGUCCCCGUCGCGGAGCAGCAGCCGCCUGGCCGGGGGGGCGGAGCCCUGUGUUCCGUGUGGAACAGGUGUGAAGGCGGCGGCGGCAGCCUCAGGCACGGGCCACGGAGCUGGGCAGCGGCGCCCGUGGUCCUGCCCGUGGGUCCUGCUGCUGGAGGAGGUGAGAGCAGGGAGAAGGGUGGGGUUGGAGAAAGAGGCGUGUGGACGGUGGGGGGAGGUGAUGAUGGGGGCGGCGCUGGGCUGGAAAGGUGGCAAGGACCAGCUGCCGGGAGUGCUCGGCCGGUGUGUCGGCAGAGGACACGGGGACUCUGCAACCUUGGUGCUUAAUCAUCGCCUGGACCCUUCACCCGCUCUUCCUUUCUGGCGCUCGGAGCCACUGAUGACUGGGGGGCCUUUGCUGGGGUGUCCUUUCCCAGAGAGCCGCUGCGGGGCUUCCCGCGUGGCUAGGCAGGGGCCGCCCCUUCCUGCCCCACCUGGGAAGAUGCCGGGGCCGAGGGGUGGGCGGCGAGCCCCGAGCCCACCACAGGCCAGAAGCCCUGGGCCCCAGCUCGUGGAUUCCUCUUGGCUUGCCUCCCACCAUUCAGCAAGCCCCCGCGCAGGGUGCCAGCCGUCCCGGGAGGAGUGGGGGGAGGGGGAGGGCCCCAAGGGCUACAGCCAGAAAGCGUGCCCCUGUCCUGGGAGAGGGCGCGGGGUCUGGGGCGUCUGGGUCCUUCCGGAACCACGGCCGGUGUGUAAAGAAGCUGUUGAUACCAUAGCCAUGGUAGGUAAUCCACAUUGGAUAUCAGUAAGGACCACGGGGAUAUUUAAAAGAGAGAAAAGUAUAUAUAUAUAUAAAAUUAUAUACACAUUUUAUCGUACAGAUUUUCAUACCUUUUCUUCCUAUUUGAUACUGUAAGCCUCUCUAGGGCAGAGCUGCCUGGGAGUGUGGGUGGGAGCGGGACCACCGCCCGCGCCUGGCUUCUUAAGUUGGCCGCUCUCGCCCCCCACCGCUGCCCUUGGGCCGCGCCCCAGCCGGGUGCCCCGCGGGGAGGGCGGGCGGCCCGGGCUCUCCGAGCACCCGAUCCCGCAGCCUCCACUCCCCGGGACAGGCCUGGGAGACCAGCGUGAUCCCUCCCCCUCCUCUCAGAGCGUUGAAAUUUCAUUGUCACAGUUUUAAUAUAUGGAUGUUUUAAUUUAAGAAAACAGGCCCAGCCCCCUGGCCGGGGGGGGCUGGUUUCCCGUCCCCCGUGCUUCCGGCUCGCUCCCCCGGCGACAGGGCCCUGCCUAGCCCCGCUCCUGUUUCCCGCACCUCUGGCCUCUCGCAGUUUCAUUUCAAUAUUUAUUUUUGUGCUGCUUUCAUCAUGGUAUAAAUUAUUGAGAAGAGCCCCUCUGUCGUGGCCCUGUGGUGUGGCGUGCGGCCCGCGCCCGCCGUCCCCUCCCGGCCACGCCUAAUUUAUUGCUGUACCUCUCCGCCGUGACGCUUUUGUACCUUUCAAUAAAGAGUUUUCUGGUU